GUUUCUAAGUUACGCUACUUUGACGUUGACGCCGGUGCUGCGUCUUCCUCGCAGUUAGUCCACACAGAGGGGACUUCAUGAGGAAGUCAGGCAGAUUAUGAAGAAGUAUCCAACACCUGUUGAAAGAUAUAACCUGGAAAAGAUUUUAUAAAAUGGGUAAAAAGGACAGAGGAGACCGGGACAAGAGGCCAAAAAAGCGUUCAUACGAGGAUGAAGAUGAUGAAGAAGAAGCGGGGGGCAGUGAGUCUCAGGAGGCCAUACCUGCUGCGGCAGGGAAACAAGUGGAUGAGUCCAGUACGAAGCUGGAUGAGUAUGGGGCCAAAGACUACCGUGCCCAGAUGUUACUGAAGAAUGAUCACUCUUCACGCCCCCUCUGGGUGGCCCCAGAUGGACACAUCUUUCUGGAAGCCUUCUCACCCGUGUAUAAGUACGCCCAGGAUUUCUUGGUGGCCAUUGCAGAGCCGGUGUGCAGGCCUAAUCAUAUCCAUGAGUACAAGCUGACGGCCUAUUCCCUGUAUGCUGCCGUCAGCGUGGGGCUGCAGACUUCUGAUAUUGUGGAGUACCUGCAGAAACUCAGCAAGACAUCUGUACCUGAUGGAAUCGUGCAGUUCAUUAAGCUCUGCACAGUGAGCUACGGCAAAGUCAAGCUGGUCCUGAAGCACAAUAGGUAUUUUGUUGAGAGUGCCUUCCCUGAUGUGAUUCAGCGCCUUCUGCAGGACAACGUGAUCCGUGAAUGUCGACUCCGUACUGCAGACGGAGCAGACACUGAGCUUAUUACUGAAGUCAUCCACAGCAAGUCAGCGAUCUCCAAGUCUGUUCAGGAAAAAGGGGGUACUUCCACCUCACAGCAGCCCAGUGAUGGUCAAACGUCAACCCAGCAGGUCCCCGAAGACAUCUUCAGCUAUUAUGAGCAGAUGGAUAAAGAAGAAGAGGAGGAGGAAGAGACUCAGACUGUGUCCUUUGAGAUUCGCCAGGAGAUGAUUGAAGAGCUGCAGAAGCGCUGUAUUCAGCUGGAGUACCCCCUGCUGGCAGAGUACGACUUUCGCAAUGAUACAGUCAACCCGGACAUCAACAUAGACCUGAAGCCCACUGCUGUGCUGCGGCCAUACCAGGAAAAAAGCUUGCGCAAGAUGUUUGGGAACGGACGUGCUCGUUCUGGGGUCAUCGUGCUGCCCUGCGGAGCGGGUAAAUCUCUGGUGGGCGUGACAGCAGCGUGCACGGUGCGUAAACGCUGCCUGAUCCUGGGUAACUCCUCGGUGUCAGUGGAGCAAUGGAAGGCUCAGUUCAAGAUGUGGUCCACUAUCGAUGACUCUCAGAUCUGCCGCUUCACCUCUGAUGCCAAGGACAAGCCCAUCGGCUGCUCAGUGGCCAUCAGCACCUACUCCAUGCUGGGUCACACCACAAAGCGCUCCUGGGAGGCUGAGAGGGUCAUGGAGUGGAUGCGGAGUCAGGAGUGGGGACUCAUUAUCCUGGAUGAGGUGCACACUAUUCCAGCCAAGAUGUUUCGGCGUGUUCUGACCAUUGUACAGGCACACUGUAAACUGGGCCUCACUGCCACACUGGUCAGAGAAGAUGACAAAAUCGUGGAUCUCAACUUCCUAAUUGGACCAAAGCUUUUUGAGGCCAACUGGAUGGAACUGCAGAACAACGGCUACAUUGCAAAAGUCCAGUGUGCAGAGGUGUGGUGCCCAAUGUCUCCUGAGUUUUACAGAGAGUACGUGGCCAUCAAGACAAAGAAGCGCAUCCUGCUUUACACAAUGAACCCCAACAAGUUCCGCGCUUGCCAGUUUCUCAUUCGCUUCCACGAGCGACGCAAUGACAAGAUCAUUGUCUUUGCUGACAACGUGUUUGCCUUGAAGGAAUACGCCAUUCGUCUCAACAAGCCUUACAUCUACGGUCCAACCUCUCAGGGGGAACGGAUGCAGAUUUUACAGAACUUCAAACACAACCCCAAGAUCAACACCAUUUUCAUCUCCAAGGUUGGAGACACCUCAUUUGACUUGCCAGAAGCCAAUGUUCUGAUCCAGAUCUCCUCCCAUGGUGGAUCCCGCAGACAGGAGGCCCAGAGGCUUGGCAGAGUCUUACGAGCCAAGAAAGGAAUGGUAGCAGAGGAGUACAAUGCAUACUUCUAUUCACUGGUAUCCCAGGACACCCAGGAGAUGGCUUAUUCCACCAAGAGGCAGAGGUUCCUGGUAGACCAGGGGUACAGCUUUAAGGUGAUCACAAAGAUGGCCGGUAUGGAGGAAGAGGACUUGAUGUUCUCUUCCAGAGAUGACCAGCAGCAGCUGCUUCAGAAGGUCCUGGCUGCUUCAGACUUGGAUGCUGAGGAGGAAGUGGUAGCUGGGGAGCUAGGUGGACGACCACAGUUCUCAAGGCGAACAGGAACUAUGAGCUCCAUGUCCGGUGCAGAUGACACCAUCUACAUGGAAUAUCAGAGUAGAGGCAGCAAAGCCUCCGCAGCAAACAAAGGCAUUCAUCCACUGUUCAAGCGCUUCAGAAAGUAGAUGCACUGACUCAAACCGUGAACUCUGACUCCGCUGCUGCAGAGCAAUACGAUGGUGUUGGUGCACAAUAACAUUUAACAAGGAUGAGGCUACCAGCAGCAGGUCCAGCUGUACUGAGGAACCUGAAACUGAAUAUUAUAUGAAGCUAAUGAUGAUGUACUGUACAGUGCUUCCUCCUGGUCGCUGAUGACGAUAAUGAUGGCUGAGAUGACCUGCACUUCUACAGGAUACAGCGAAUGACACCUUGCAGGACUCGACUGCUCUGUGUCAUAAAUUUGGAUGUUUUUAAACUCCAGCUUCCUCAAUAACCUACACACAUGACAUUUACAGAUGAAAAGCCAACUCCUGCUAGGCCAUUAAAGCCAAUCAUUAGUUAUUCAUAGUUAAGGAAAUUCAAGCUAAAGCCACAAAUGUCUGCAUGUAGGAUGAAAGAGGAUGGGUACUAGAGUCUGAUGGUUAGGUGAUGUUAGCCAAAGGUCAGCACUCAGGCAUUUAGCAGUUGGUGGGGAAAAAUGUGUCUUAUGUACUGUUGGUGGUUCCUUCACUGACAACUGAGGGGGGAAAAAACAAGAAUGUGUAUUCAUAUUUGUACAUGUGACUAUAUUUAAGACUAAACCCACGUAAUGAAUGGACAUUUAUCUGUUCCUAAAGACCACAUUGACACUGAAAUUUUUUGUUCUGGAAUUUCCUUCUUUAAAAGGUAAAUAUGUUUUCUAAAAGAAAGUUGAUGUUUUUUUUUUUUUAUCUCUGCAUGUUUUCACCUGCAAUGAGUGAAAAUUGCUUUACAUCAGUAACUACAGGAGGCAGAAAUGAAUCUUAUUUUUACACAUUACAAUAAAUAAUGAUUAAAAUAUGUUUGUAAUGUAGAGCGAUAAAUAAAAUGCACAAACAAAAGGAAAAAAUUAUAAUUCGAAACAUGGUUUCUACAUUAAAACUAUAGAAAAACACAA